UCUCAAAAUGAAUUCCCUUCCACCUCCACUUCCUCCACCCCUUUCACCGCCAUCAUCACUUACGCCGCCUCCACCUCCUCCACCCCUUUCACCACCAACACAACUUACACCACCACCCGCAAAGCAGGCCACUCAAGCUCCUCUUAAACAAAUUGUCAUCUCAAAGCCAUCUAUAACAAAACAACAUAGUCCAACAUUAGCUGCACAAAAUCCUGACAUCAUAAGAUCAACCAAGGCACCAAUACUCCAUCACCCUCGCCGCCGCCGCACCAACCUAUUUAUAUGGUUUGGUGCAGCUUUUUGCCUCAUAUUUAGUCUUCUUCUCAUCUUCUUUGGAAUCACAACUCUGAUCAUCUUCUUGGUCGUUAAACCAAGAAGCCCUGUGUUUGACACUCCCAGUGCUACUCUCAGCACCAUCUACUUUGACUCGCCAGAGUAUUUCAAUGGUGACUUAACCUUCCUGGCAAAUUUUUCCAACCCAAAUCGGAAAAUUGGUGUGAGAUUUCAGUACCUGGAAAUAGAGCUUUACUUCUUCAACAAGCUGAUCUCGACUCAGGUUAUGCAGCCUUUCAGUCAGCAACCUGGGGAACAAAGGUUAGCAUCAGUUCACAUGAUAUCAAGCUUGGUCUAUAUACCACAAAAUUUUGGUGUGGAACUUCAGAAGCACGUGCAAAGCAACCAGAUUAAGUAUAACAUAAGAGCAAGUUUUAAGGUGAAAGCAAGAUUUGGUGCUUUUCAUUAUUCUUACUGGUUGCAUAGCAGAUGCCAGAUAGAGAUGACAGGUCCACCAACUGGCGUUCUAGUUGCUCACAAUUGCAGAACAAAGAGAUGAAAAUGCAGAAACAUGUGUUGACACUGUUGUAUUUCACCAUUUUAUGUCAGAUAUUAGAUCUAAGAGGCGACUAAAGCAAUUCUGAUGUAAAGGACAUUCUGAUAAGCUCUGUACGUACAAAAGAAUUAUUUUCAGUUCUAACAAACUAAUCCCUGGGAGUGUUUUUCAUAUU